AUGAAAACAGUACGGCACUCGGAACAGACGCUGAGAACAGCUCUCAUCUCUAAGAACCCAGCCCUCGUGUCCCAGUAUGAGAAGCUCGAUGCUGCAGAGCGGCGUUUGAUGAACGAAGCCUUCCAGCCCGCCAGCGAUCUCUUCGGGCCCAUCGUCCUGCAUUCUCAGUCAGACUGGAUCGCCUCCCAUCCCGAGCCUCCCCAAGGCUUUGAAGAGUUUUUCAGUGAUCCUUCCAGAAAGGCACCCUCUCGAGAGAAACACAGUAUUUACAUCCAGUGCAUUGGACCUCUAGGAAAUACCAGAAUGAUCAGUGAAGAAUAUGUGAAAUGGCUCAAGGGCUACUGUGAAGCAUUUUUCUAUGGCUUGACAGUGAAACUCCUGGAACCAGUUCCUGUCUCUGCAACACGGUGUGCCUUUAGAGUCAACGAGAACACGAAGAACCUGCAAAUACAUGCAGGGCACAUCCUGCACUUCUUAAAAAAGAAGAAACCUGAAGAUGCCUUCUGCAUUGUGGGAGUGACAAUGAUUGAUCUUUACCCAAGAGACUCCUGGAAUUUUGUUUUUGGGCAGGCCUCUUUGACAGAUGGCGUGGGGAUCUUCAGCUUUGCCAGGUAUGGCGGUGACUUUUACAGCUCCGGCUACAAAGGCAAGGUGAAGGCGCCGCAGAGGCGAUCCACGCGUGACUAUUCGGCGUUCGACAGCUAUUAUACUCCCGACGUGACUAGUGUUUUGCUGCUUCGGUCCUGCAAGACUUUAACCCACGAGAUUGGACACAUAUUUGGACUCCGACACUGCCAGUGGCUUGCAUGCCUAAUGCAAGGCUCCAACCACUUGGAAGAAGCUGACCGGCGCCCCCUGGACCUGUGCCCUAUCUGUUUACGCAAGUUGCAAUGUGCUAUUGGCUUCAACAUUGUAGAAAGAUACAAAGCCCUGGUGAGGUGGAUCGAUGAUGAAUCUGCUGACACGCCCCGAGGCACCCCGAAGCAUGGUCCUGAUGGUAACGUGAAUCUGCCCAAACCUGUGGAAGCCUUUGAGGAGUGGAGAGAGUGGAUAAUGAAAUGCCUUGCUGUUGUCCAAAAGUAA